UGUGACCGACCCGCCCUGUCAUACUACCUUCUUCUAGAUAAAAUGUAAAGACUGCCAAAUGCAGCAAGUCUCCAUUGUGGAAGGAUCACAGUUUACUGUUUGCCAUCAGAGAGUUAAACAUUAGCUGAGAACCAGCCAUGGACCCAAACUAUGCAAUGGCAAAGUUUGGAUUACAGUCCAAGGAUAUCCUCAAAUCUAAGAACAGAGGUUGCUGGUAUUAUACCAAAUAUUUCUUCUUUUUUUUAUCUAUAAUCCAGUUCCUGAUUAUCCUUGGUCUGGUUCUGUUCAUGCUGUAUGGAAAUGCCCAUGUUGGCACAGAACAAAGGCUUAUGAGUGUAGAGAAUCGCUACAAAAACUUGACAACUGAUUACAACUGGUUGAUGGGCAAUUUUUCUCAGAUGAAAGGUAAAGUCGCCAGCCUAGAGAAGGAAAAUAACAACUGCUCAAACCUAUUAACUACAGCACUGAAACAACUGCACAACAAAACAAUUGGGAGACCUGUACUACACAUGCCUCCAUCUCCAGCGAUCUGUAAUGUCUACCAAAUUGCUCUAGACCGAUGUAACACAACUUACAUAAUUGAAACACUUCAAUUAAAGCAUACAAUCUUGAUACUUCAGAGGGAUCUUGACCGGUUAAAAGAGAACUCGGGCCAGACAAUUAGCACUCUUACCAACAAAGUCACCGUACUCACUUCUGAGAAGGAAAAGCUCCAGAACAUGAAGGAGGACCUGGAAACUCAUGCUAAACUAUCAAAUGCUGUGUGUACUAAUAUCAAUCAGAGGUUUGACAUGGAGCUAGAGCGUAUGAAAAAUCGCUUUGAUGGUAUGAUCAGCAGCCAUGAACCCUUCCAUGUUUCUAAAUGCUGGACUAUAAAUGGAGAAAUUAAAAACAAUAUAGACCAAACAAUAAACAGGCUGAAGCAAGAUGUGAACAAUGUCAUGUUUGAGAACAGCCAGCUGAAGACAGACAAUGCACGCGUGAGCGAUAAUUUUCAGAAAUGCAGCCAAGAAAAGAUGGUUAUCACUUCAGAGAAAAAUAAUCUGUCCAUAGAAAAGGGAGGACUGGAAAAGCAGUUGACUGAAAAAAAGGAAGAACUUUCCACGACUUACUCAAAGUAUAUGAAAAAGGAAGAAGAACUAGAAAAUUGCCGUAAGGUGCAGAUUGGGGGACGCGUGACUGGUGGGCUAUUUCCACGGUCUUAAAAAUAGAAGUUUAAAAGAUGCAAAGAAAGAAAUGAUGUUAAUUCAAAUGAAGAUGCUUGUGACCCACACUAGCAGUUUUUGUAAUUGCAGAAGAUGAAUGCUAAUAUUACUAAAUUUACCAGUAAAUAUGCAGCCACAUUGAUCAUGCAGAAUAAAACUAAUCAACCCUGAAAAAAGUUACACACUGGAAACUAAAACUGUUGUUUGGGAUUGAAAAAGAUGAGAAAUGUUUUCUAAUUAUUAUGCUUAUUUUCUUUAUAAAACAAUACAAUCUUUUCAAUACAUAUAAGCCAAUUAUACUUUUACUAAUGCAUUAUUGGAGAUGAGCAUAUUCUGUACAGUAUGUUGAAUAUAACAUGCACAUAAUCAGAAGUCUUGCCUGUACUAGACAAUGGACUCUAUGGGCUGCAGACCUCCAAACAUUAUCUGUUGUCUUACUGUAUCAUUUCAAGAUGUAGGGGGGUAGUUAUCAAAACUGGUGUAGAAGAAAACUGGCUUUAGAGGCCAUACCAACGAAUCAGAUUGAUCCUUUCAUUUUUCAAGGUAGCUCUGAAAAAUGAAAGGUGGAAUCUGAUUGGUUCCUAUGGGCCACUAAGCCAGUUUCCUUUACACCACAUCUCCCCUAUUGUCAUACAGAAUGAGAGAAAUAAUUUACUAUUUCUAGCUUAAAUAACAGCAAAUCAAGCGUGUCCUCUUUUGUGAGUUUGUUAAAAUUUAUGUGACGGCUUAAAGGCUAUGGACACCUGUAGGGUGUUUUUUAAUUGCAUGGGCUGUAUAAUAGAGAUACAAAUAUAUUUGUAAUUGUUUUCAUUACCAUUUUGUUUGAUUUAUCUUAACCUUAUCUUAACCUUCUCUUAACAUCCUGAGGACUCAUUAAAGGAAUUUUCCAGGACUUUCAUUUUGAUGACCUGUCCUUAGCAUAGGUCAUCAAUAUUAGAUUGGUGGGGUCCAACACUGUGCACGGCCACCGAUCAGUCGCUAGCAGGAGCCAGAGCCACUAACACAGUGUGUGAGCCAGAAGCAGACAGCUUCAUACAUUGUAUAGUUGCCAUGCUGAGUUACAGCACCUCAGCUUUCAUUUACCAGCCAGUGGCUGCAUCUCCUGAUAGCUGCUGAUGUGUUAGACUCCCACUGAUCUAAAACUGAUGACCCAUCCUAAGAAAAGGUAACCAAUACUGAAGUCUUGGAAUAUCCCUUCAAGCUGACAUCCCUUUUGAUCUAAGUUUAUUUUAUUUGAGUCUAAAAAUGUCAGCUUCAUUUGAAGACAGCAUGGCUACGGGCUGCAGACUGAGACGCUUUGUCUGACAGAUUUCACACUGAGCAUGACUGAGCAGCCUGAAAUGUAUGAGAAUAUAUGUAGGCUGCAUAAGACACCACAAACUUAAGCAACUCUAUGGCUACACAGUUGUACUUGUCUGCCAUUCACUGCGCUUUUCAAUGGGGUUGAGGCUUUGGGAUUCUGGCAGGAGAUUUUCCUGGACAUGUGCCGACAGUAUACAACAAACCUAGCCGAAUAGUUUAAAGAAAUAUGACACUGUAAUAGAAAAAACUUAACACAUGUCAUUCAUACAGUGGUAAGACACUUUUUAACUAUGUAGACCAGGGAUGCUCAACCUUCCAGAUGUUGUAAAACUACAACUCCCAUAAUGCCCUCCUGUAGGCUGAUAGAUGUAGGCUGUCUGGGCAAGCUGGGAGUUGUAGUUUUGCAACAGUUGGAGGGCCAGAGGUUGGGCAUCCAUGAUGUAGACAUACAUCUGUUUGUGCUUGUCUAUACUUUACUGUUAUUAUUUUCUGGUAUGAACCUAGCCUUAUAAAGACAGCGUACCACAAGCAAAUACUCAAACAACAUUGGUUCAUUGAAGCAAAACUGGAGAAUAUUAUCUUAUUGACAGAAGAGGGAUUGCGGGUAGCAGACAGGACCAAAUCACUGCUUUUUCUUUGCGCUACCUAAUCAACUAUUAUUAUUAUUGUAAAUUAUUGUAGUGAACACCCUUCAUUGCACAAAAAGUUGAUUGUUUCUUGCAACAUACAAUGGAGAUGAAGUUGUUGCAUGUGGAUAAUAGGAGUUGUCCCACCAUAACAACUUAUCACCUAUCUACAUUAUAGGUGAAAAGUAUUUGGUAGCUCAGCGACUGAUCACUGGGAGCUGCAAGAACUACAGUAUGAAUAUGGGGGACCCCCAGUUCUCCAUUUGAAGAGAGCGCUGGUCAAAUGUACACAUCACCACAGGCUCUAACUGUUAAUGGGACUUAGCUACCUCUGUUAGGCCUAGUGACAGUAAAUGGUGUAGUAGUGCACAUGCGUAACUCAGGAACCCUAUUCUUUUCAUCAGAGGGUAUCUCAGUGAUUGGACACACAGCGAUCAUAUCACCUAUCCUGUGGAUGAUAAAUUGUUAUGGUGGGACAACCACUGUAACCUUAAUCCUUUCCUGACGCAGUCUUUUUGUUUUUUUUCAUCUUUUAUUUCUACUCGGUGUCUUUCAGAAGCCAUAACAUUUUUAUUUUAAUAUUGUAUAUGAUGUAGUGGGAUGCUUUUCACAAAAUUCCCUAUAAAGUAAAACCAAUAUGUUAACUUCAUUCUGCGGGUCAAUAUGAUCACAGUGUUACCAGAUUUAUACAAUUUCUCUUGUGUUUUCAGACUUAAAUAAAAAUUUUGGAAAAAAAAACCCAUUUUUUUAUUGUAUCGUCAUAUUCUAACCCCCCACAACAUUUUAUAUUUACAUCAAUGGAGCUCAAUGUUUGUAGGAUGAGCUGUAUUGAUACCAUUUUGUGAUGUGUAUGACUUUAUGAUCACUUUUUAUGAAUUUUUUGGGGAAGCUAGAGACCAAAAAAUGGUAAAUUGACCACCCUUCAAAAAACGAAUCCUCACACUGCUCCAUAGAUGUAACCAUAAAAUAGUUAUAGGGGUCAGAAUACGGCAAAGUUUUUAUUUUUUAUGUAUUAAAACAAACUAACAACGAUAUAAAUGUAGCAUUUCAGUAAUAGUACUGACCAGGAGAAUGAGGGUCACAUUUACCACAUAGAGAAUGCCAUAAAAACUAUACCCAUUUGGAAUUUUUUUCCAGCUUCCCAUUAUAUCAUAUGCAGUAUCAAAUGUGCCAUUAGAAAGUACAACUUUUCCUCAAAAAAACAAGCCUUUAUACGUCUAUGUGAAUAGAAAAAAAAAUGUAUUGCUUUGGGAAGGCCAAAAAUGCAAAAAUGGAAAGGUCCUGAAGGGGUUAAUAGUUUAGGCGUUUUAGGAUGCAGCAAUACCAACAAUCUUUAUAUUUUUGUAUUGCUUAUUUUUAUUAGUAUUAUGAGGAAAGGGGAAUUUGAACUUUUAUAUAUUGUUGGCUUUCUAUAUUUUUCAUAACUUUAUUUUUCAUAACUUUUUUUCAUUUUUUUUACAUUUAUGUUUAAUCCUCCUAGGGUACCUAGGGUGCAUUUCCUGCAAAAUGUUGUUUCUUCCCACUGAUCCUCCUCCUGGCAGUCUGUGUUCUCAUUGUCCUGAUAGGACUUCAUGAUAUCACUUGUCCAUGUGACCCCUGUUUUCAGAUUUCAAACAUCAAAACACUUAUUUGAUUAAAUUAAUUAUGUUUAAUUUCCUAAUAUAAAGGGGCUUAUAGAAUAGCCAACAUAGAUCUAUGCAUUUGCUGGUUGUUUCAUUCUUCUGCUAAGUGUAACCCAUGUGACUUGAUAUGGUGAUCACUGUGAUGUCAAAAGGUCCUUGAAGCUUAGUGAUUCUAAACGUUAUAUGCUUAUGUGGAGGAGGACAAAGUGGGGGUUGUAAUGGGAGGAAUGAAGAGCAGCGGAGGAGAUACAGCAGAUGACAAUCUUACUUCAGACUCAGCUUGUAGUUUCUAUCUGCACUGGAAGGAGAGAAACUGGCUUCCUAGGGAACACAUAAAUAUAAGGACAGAAUAGUUAGUCAUAUCUAAGUCAGAUGAGAUGAGAAUUCCUAUAUAAACAAAAUAUCUAAAAUGUUGCUUUAUUAGUAAAGGAGGUGAAUAUCUAUUUAAAAUGCAAGUUUAAAAAUAAACAUGGGAGUGGUUCUUUAACAUGAGAUUGACUGAUGACUUCUACCAUAAAAUGCAAUGAUUCACUGUUGCAGUCUAUGGGAGAAUCAGUGCGUUCUUAUCAACUCGUGCCACAGGUAAGGCUUCACGGGGGCCUUUGCUAUAGCAGACUUUGGAGCAUUCAGAAGGCUCUAGGCUGCCAUAGCAACUGAACGUCUCCUGCAAGCUGCAGAAUUAGCCAUUGGGUCACCAUGAGCUCCCGGUAAAUGACCACUCAGAUGCCAUUUUUGCAAAUGACCAUGGCAGAGUUGUCUCCGAUCACAGACUCUGCCAACAGGUGUCAGCAGGCACCCGGUGGUUAUGUUCUCCGCUUAGCACCAUCUUUAGAAACUCGACAUACGCUGUGAAUGUUCUGCUUAGAAAAUGCAUUGAAAACUGACAUUAGUCCUGCACUGUGUGAAGAAGGCUUAUCUGCAAGUUAAACAUGUAAUGCGCUUCUGUAUAAAGUAUAUAUACAUCAUAGCAUAGUUUAUAUGAUAUUUUUAAGGAAAACAAAAAGCACAAGUGUACUCUGAGUGAACCUACUUACAGGGGUAGACCCACAAAUGACAUUCAUCACCUAUCCACAGCAUACUAUAUGUGAUGACUGUAUGAUUAUCGGGGGUCUGGUUGCUGGGACUACGACUAAUCUACUGCUCUAUUGACACAGACUAUUGAGGGACCCCUGUUCUUAUGAUGGUGUUUGUCCUCAGUAUCCUGUGAAUAGGUGAUUAAUGUAACUCGUUGGUCUACCCCUCCUUUAACCUGGUAUAAUACUACAGUACAUCUAACGAAGGUUACUGUUUUCUGUUAAGUCAUCUUCCCUUUCUGCCAAGAACUUUCCUGUAUAUUUCUUAGAAACAUGUACUGUGAUUAAUACAUUCCUUAUUACAGGAAACCUCUGCCGUUGGCCUUCGUGUGCCACGGCUGUUUUUUUAACAGGCGACAUAAAUACAUGCACAUUGUUCUUUUUUGUAAAUAUUUCUUUGCUUUUCCGGAUAUGGAGAAUAAAUGUUCAAGUUAUUGCUGUCA